GUCUAACAGAGGGGACAGCGGUCUGUUUGCACAUUUGUUAAAUCUUUGCUCAACAGCAGGUCAAAAUGCGAGGAAUUUAUCCUGUUUUUAUCCUCUUUUUCAUCUUUGUGUGCUCUGUAAGUGCUAAGAAGAUGCGAUGGUGCACAGUGUCAGAUCCUGAACAGAGGAAGUGUGCAGAGCUAGCUAAAGCUCUGGUGGCAGUGCUGCCACCAGCCACUGUGGCAGCUUUUGCCAGACUCUCAUGCAUACGAGCAUUCAGCACAACCGACUGCAUGAAUAGGAUCAAGGCUAACCGUGCUGACAUAGUGACUUUAGAUGCAGGAGAAAUUUAUUCCGCUGUCAAGCAGUUUGAACUUGUUGCCAUUGCUAAGGAGAUCUACAGUGAUGGAGGGUGUAUUCUGUCUGUGGCUGUGGUGAGAAACAGCAGCUUGGACCUAAGAUCCCUGCAGGGUCACAGGAGCUGUCACAGCGGGGUUCGAUGGACAGCUGGCUGGAGUCUCCCACUCGGCUUCCUGCUUUCCAGAAACUACCUGAGCUGGUCAAAAGAGCAUCCACUCAGUCAGGAUGUCAGCACCUUUUUCAGUGCCAGCUGUAUUCCUGGUGCUUCUGCCAUGGCAUCUUCUCUGUGCAUGCUGUGCCAGGGCCAGAGGUCUUACACACGCCAGAAGAAUUACCACUGCGAAACGUCCCACAGUGAGCCCUUCUACAACAACCAGGGAGCUCUGAGAUGUCUCAGGAGGGGGGUAGGGGAUGUUGCAUUUGUGGACCAUUUAGCACUUGAAAGUAUUGACGAGAGUGAGCGUGAUGAGUUCAGGUUACUGUGUACUGAUGGCACUCAAGCUCCUCUCAGCCACUACAGAAGCUGUAAUCUGGGUCGUGGUCCAGGAGGGGGCAUGGUCACCAGACUUCAUUUUCGCAAGGUUGUUCGCAAAUUUCUAGUGACUGUGCAGACAUUGUUUGGUCGGCAAGGAAGAGAGAGGCGGCGCUUCCAAGUUUUUGACUCCUCAUCUUUUGGAGAAAACGAUCUUCUCUUCAGAGAUGUGACUGAGAAACUUGCUAUCCUGCAAGACGACAUGGACGUCAGUCAGGUGCUGGGACUGGAUUAUAUUGCACUCCUCAAAGGUCUUGGGCAUGAAGGAAGCUCGCUGGAGGACAGUGUCAUUAGGUGGUGCUGCAUCAGCCACGCAGAGCAGAAGAAGUGUGAGCAGUGGGCGCUCAGUAUAAAGUCUGACCCGCUGGUGUGCGUCAGAGCCGUCUCAAUGCGUGACUGUAUCGAGAAAAUUAAGAGGGACGAGGUGGACGCUGUCUCGCUGGAUGCAACUCACUCGUUCAUCGCAGGGAAAUGCGGUCUUGUUCCCGUUGUGACAGAAUAUUAUGGAAGAAAGUGUGUGCUUGCUGAAGGAUCAGCUCACUUGGAGACAGAUGUCUUUCCCUCACUAGUGGGUUUAGCAGUUGCAAAGCGCUCCAGCAGGAACAUAUUCUUAGGGAAUCUCGGAGGCCGUCGCUCCUGCCACAGCAACACCUACAGCCCUGCAGGCUGGCUGCUGCCAUACAGACACAGCUUAAGCCUGGCGCAUAACAACAGCUCCCCCUGUGAUCCAAACAAAGUGUACAAUGAGGUGUUUUGGAAAGGCUGUCUGCCUGGCUCUGAGGGGAAUCUAUGCAAGGUGUGCAUUGGAGGCACAGGCGAGACUACAACAAGACGCUGCACCGAAAACCACAACGAGCGUUACUAUGGAAAUAUGGGAGCUUUAAGGUGCCUGGUUGGAGACCCCAGUGGGAAAAGCUACGGUGACGUUGCUUUCCUUGAGCAACACAGCCUUCACAUCAACAUCCUCGGUUUGAACUCCACCGGCUGGGCAGAGGGAUGGUUGUCGUCAGACUUCGAGUUGCUGUGUCCCGACGGUCGUCGUGCGCCGCUGUCAGACUGGGAAAGUUGUAAUCUGGGAGUCAUUCCACCAAACACCAUCAUGACACGACCAGUGCUCACAACGCGAGUGUACGACUUCCUUAUGAAAUCACAGGAAGCUCUGGCAGUCAACCCAAACACAGAGUUCAGGCUCUUUGAGUCUCACCAAUAUGGAGAAAGUGAUCUGCUGUUUAAAGAUGCAACACAGUGCUUUGUACACACGAGUCACAUGGACUACCGCGCCAUCCUCGGAGAGGAGUUCUACACUCACGUAGAAACAGUCUUUAACUGCACACACUCCGAAAUCCUGGAGUUUUGUAAUCAGGAUGUGUGCAGCAUAUUUUAAUGGGCACACUGUCGAGAACCAGCCAGCCUCUGCGCUUCAACUCUUCAUCCGCAUAUUUGUUCUGUCUGCUAGUAUCAGCGUUUUCACACAAAAACUC